GACGGGAAAAGGGGAGAGGUGGGGGGCAAAUAUCGGUGAAUUGUUUUUUUUCUCUCUCUCUCUUCAAAAUGGAUUCAUUACCGGUUCGGUUAUCAGUUUGACGCGGGCAAAAAAUAGAACAAAGUUGGCGUGGGAAGCGUCUCGGACUGCGACGGCCUGCCUCGAUUUGGUGGAUACUAAUUAGGGUGUCAUUCUUCGUGUUUUUUUCUGUUUUUGUUGUUUGGGUAGUGAUAAUUUUUUGCCGAAAACAACAGCCUGUUGCAUACCUGCAGGAGCUUAAGGUGUUGACAAAUGGCCCCGCUGCAUACAUUUAGGCGCACGGCGCACUGCAGCGCCAUCUAUGGAGCAAUUUUUAAAAUAAAGGAAAAUCGUAACCCUUCUGCAAACGAAAAUUGAGGAAAAGAAAGGAAAAAGUGUUGUUUUCUUGUGCGCAAAAAAGAAACGUGUGUGAUAGCGCGAUGUUUUCGCUUCUUUUGACGACGACGACGUUGCUCAAAGUCACUCAAAGAGGAUUACAACUAAUUUCAUUUGGGAAGUGCGACGACGGUGGUGGCGCUGCUGGCCCUUAAAAGAAAGGGGUGCACAGGCCACGUGGGAGUUUGGUCAUCAAUCACGAACGGUGCGUGCGUGCGUGCAAAACUGAUAAGCCACGUGUCCAUUUGGCCGGAACACUCUGGAAGCCCUCUGGUUCUGCGUUCAAAUAGGGGCCAAUAAUAUUUGCAAAUAGUGUGCGCGGAAAAAAACAAACAAACAAUCGCAAAACGGGUAAACCACAAGAGUGCGCCACUAUCGUUUGCACUGUUAUUGUUUUCCGGUCGGAUUAUGCGAAAAUUUACACCCAGCCAUUAAUUCGCCUACUGUGUUGCGAAUUCCGCCGCGCACAAAAGUAUUGUGCAUUUUGCUCAAAAGUGCGGCGGCGGCGUUGCGGCGGUGACACGAAGUAAUCGUUUUCCAUUAAAAUUGCACGUGUUUUUGUGCGAGUGUGUGUGAGCAAAUACCAGGAAGAACCCCCUUUUCAAAACGGAAGAAGAAUCGUGUUGUGUGCAAAUUGAAUAAUUAAUUUCCCAAUAGGGUGCGCGCCGGUCGUCUGUCAGUUUUUUUUUAUUCGCCGACGACCUUUCGAAAGGGCCAAUGUGACCGUGCCGGGCUCAAAAGGGCGUAUGUGUGUUUGUGAAUUUCGAAAGGGGUUCAACGGCAGCAAAUGGAAUUGAAUUUCACCAGACUGGCUGCUAUCGUAGGAUGGGUUGGCGGCGGACAUAACCUCAACGACAACUAAAGCGUGGGGGUUUUGGAUUCUGGACAGGACAAACGGCGACAAACGGCCUGCCACAGCUGCAGUGAAUGAACCCGGGUUUUCGUGGCCACCGGUGGUGCUCGGGUAGGCGAUGACCAUCAUGGAUGGCGCUCGACAGCAGCAACAGCCGAACCAACAGCAAAAGCGCGGAUCUCUUUCGGUGGCCAAUGGCGGAGGAGGAGGAGCACGGUCGGCGACUGCGUCGCCACUUCCGGCCGCCGUUUAUGGGCCGUCCACUUCCGGAGGUGUGGCUAGUGGCGGUGGAGGACAGUUCCCGGCGUCGUUCCCGGAUAGUUUUAAGGACUUUUUCGCCAUGCUCAACGAGGAGGAUGACCACGUGGACGUGUUCUCCAACAUACUGGAAGAUAAGGACAUCCCCCGCAGCACAAAGUGUCGCUACAGUCGGACAACGGCGAACGCCGGCGGCAGCACGGGUUACGGCCCGGCGCCACCCCACUCGGCCACCGGUUCGUACUCCGGCGGUGGCCGGAGUGGCUCCUUCAGCCUGUCCGCAUCGAACGCCGGCGCCGGCAACAACAACUUCAACUUUGGCCGGUCCAGCUCGUUCCGGUUGCACCGGAACAAACCUCCGUCGUCGCUGUACACGGACCACCACCAGCAAAACAGCAGCCAGCAGCUGCUGAUCAACAACAUCCGGAACCAGCUCGGUGGUUCCGGGUUGAUUCCGACGUCGGCGGCCUCGGCAGCCGCCGGAGACAGUGGCGAAGAGGACCGCACCAUGAAGAACCUGAGCCUGAUCAAGAGUGCCAUCGUGGACCGGUCGCCGUCGUCGUCGGCGUUGGCCAGUUUGUCGGUGACCGGGUUCGCGGGGCCCGGAUCGAUAAACCGGUCCAAGAGCAAUACGAAAAUUGACGACCGGUCGCCGUCGUCGUUUGAGAUGAAGAGUUUUGAGUUUGGUGGAGGAGGAGGAGCGGUGACGGGGACCGGAAGUGCCGGCCCGACGGCCGGAAGUAGAAGCUACAAGAUAAGUGAAAACAGCGACGAAGUGGAAGAAGACACGCUCAACGCCGCCACCGGAAAUAAAAGUCUAGCUUCCAAAAUGACAAAAACAACCACCUCCUACUGCUUUCUGCGACACCACCAGCAACAACAACAACAAUCGCAGCAAGCCAAGCCACCGCACAGCCGGAACAACUCGCUCCGGGUUCACCGAUCGACGGCGGGGGCUCCCGUUUCCCCUUCCGCCUCGUUCGCACCAGUGUUCGGUCAAGCCAAGAGCCCGCACGGCGGUUCCUGCUCCUCGUUUGCCGGUUCCGGUUCCAGCCAGCAGCUGCCAACCAGCUGUCCUACCGGGACCUGUCUGCCGCUAGGUGGCAGCAGCUGCUGCUGCUCCAAGGAUUUCCUCAAACACCAAAAGUCACCCGUGUUCAACCGGCGCCGGUCGUCGUCGAUCAGCGUCGCGCGGCCAACGCCGGAUCUGUACCGAUUUCUGAAGGCGGAAGUGCCACCGGCCAUGCAGCAACCGCUGGCGUCACCCGGUGCGAGGUGUCAACACGCUCAAAACAAAACCACUAACCUAGAAACGCCCUUUUUGUUUUGCUCUGUCCGCCCCAGAUUUCCGCCGCUCACUGCCAGCUCCAAGGGCAGCGCCCUGGCCUCCUCGACGUCGACCAUGUCCACGCUGGUGGAAAGUGUCAGCGGGGUCAGUUCGGCCACGGCCCCUCCGGACAACCUGGGUCCACCCAAGGAACACCCUUACCUAACCUCGUCCCCGUCAAACUCCCGCCUCAAGCAGCAGCAAGAUGGCGGCGGCGGAGAUCGGCCCGCUUCGGCGGUUCCACCGGCCGGAACAAAGUCGUCGUCGAGCCGCUUCCAGAGCAACAACGAGGAAAACGACGGAAAUUUCAGCAAUCUGCACCAGCAGCAGCAGCCGCAGCAACAUCCGGUUCGGCACCAUCCGCCGGCCCAUCGGACGGUUAGCAUUAGCACGACGGCCAUUGUUUGCGGCGGGGGAGGGGGGUACGACCGGACCGCGGUCACGACCGGCGGAGGUUCGGCCGAGGCACGCCAGCGGAUGCGAACGUCCAGCAUGCCGGUGGAGAACAACAGAAAGCCCCGCCUGGCGGACACGCGCCGUUCGGCGAUCCACUGUGCCGACAUGGACAUCGAGUACUACCGGUUGCGCAGCUUCAGCAUCACCUCCCACGGAAUCUGCAACCUGGGCGAUUCGAUGCGGAGUCGCCGCUCGCGGUCCAUCAACUCGGUCACCUCGAACGGUUCCGGAGGAACGAAGGAUCGGAAGGGGAGCAGCGGGUCGCAGAAGCAGGACGACAAGAUGGCCGACGGGGACGGGGACGACAACAAGGACGGUAAGGAAAAGGGCGGCAAGGACGGAAAGGAUAAACAGAACGCGUACAAGGUGGCCAUGCUGGGCGCUUCCGGCGUCGGCAAGACGGCCCUGACCUACCAGUUUACCACGUCGGAGUACAUUUGCGCGUACGAUUUGAGCUUGGAUGACGAUUACGGCCAGAAGACAGUUUCCGUGCUGCUGGACGGACACGAAACCGACCUGGAGAUUAUCGAUCAUCCGGCUUGCGAGAUGUCGGAGGAAGCGUUCUGCUCAACCUACCACAUUGACAUCUUUGUGGUCGUAUAUUCCGUGGUGGACCGAGGAUCGUUUAAAAAGGCCGAAAAGAUUCUGCACUUUCUGCGGGACGGGGAAAUGCUCCUAACCCGGGGGGUCAUCCUGGUCGGGAACAAAACGGAUCUGGAGCGCCAGCGGGAAGUUCAGACCCAGGUUGCGCGUCGUCUGGCGAAGGAGAUCGGUGCCAAGUUCAUCGAGACGUCCAGCGGGAUGGACUACAACGUGGACGAGCUGCUGGUGGGGAUCACGGCCCAGGUCAAGCUGAACCCGCAGCGGGUCAACCGGUUGACGGACAAGCAGCGGAACAGCAUAGCUGGUCUACCGUACGAACCGCGCUCGGUAACGCCCAUGAAGGGCCGCAAGACGGCCAUGUCCAUGCGAGAGUUGACCUCUUCCGGACGGGAUGCCAGCGGCCGGAUGCGCCGGAUACUGCGGCGGGGCAGCAUCGGCAAGUUCGGCUCGGAAGACGACGACGACUACGACCUGGGGGAUAAACGGCUGCGCAAAAAGACCACCAGUGACUUCCUGCGAAACGACGACGACGGCGAGAGCGACGACGAGCGAUCCACGGACAACGAGACGAACCUGCUCCGCCGGAAGCGCUACGACGCGGUCCAGCUGCCCAGCUGCUCCACCACCAACCUGACCCAAAACAGCUCAACCAACCGCUUCCUGAAGCGACUCUCGUUCGACGACCAGAUGCAGCAGGACACCCAGGACCUGGUCGGCCAGGACGGGUCCUCCCGGCACGGUUCGCCCCAGCCCAGCAUCAAGCGGUUCAACUUUAUCGACGCCGACUCGACGCACGGCACGUCCACGUCCUGCACCGGUGGGGCGCCCUCGACCGCGGCCAACAAGUUCGCCAACCGCACCAAGCUGCUGCUGACGUCGUUCCUCAAGUUCAAGCGGAACCUGCGCGUCAAACGGCGCAGCUCCGGCAGCUGCAGCGACCUCUUCGUGAUCUAAGUGUUGUGUGUGCGUGUGUGUGUGUCGUUUGUAUGUGUGUCUGUGUGUCAGAACAAUAAGACUCACCCAUAACCUAAAAAGUACCACAUUUUUCAGCGCGUCACAAUUUAGCGUGUAAACAAACAAAAACAAAACAAGGGAUCAAAGCAAGCGGUUUUCAAAGCGGUGGGAACAGUUUUGACAGAUGAACAACGAAGAAAGUUGCGUUGCGUGGCGAGCAGAGUAGUGUCAAGUGUUGUUUAGGUAGAGAUUUUAAACGUUUGCUACCGUUGAUGGUUACGGAACAGUUAACAGCGGCGGUGUGAUUUGUUUGGUUAGGUUUAAGCAAAAGUCGUAUAAUCGUGAGAAAAAAAAAUGUUAAAUCGAUCAAAUCAACAAGCUAAUAUCAAAACAGAUGUCGACGGAACGUUUAAAUGUUUUUACGGACUUUUUACAUGUUGUUGGAAUUGAUAACACUCUAAAAAUGUAGCACACACUAGCACUAGCAAAUAUGUACAUUCAUUUAUUAGUGAGAGCCGAAAUAAAAUCGGCAAAAAUCGCACUUUUAUUACCAUCUAAACAGUGUUGUGACAGCUGCAGCACCUUCAAAAUUGUCAACUUUGGCUCGUCAAAGCUCCAAGGUAAGCAACGCUAAAGGUGGAGCAGCUGUCAAAUGCAGGGUUGAAAUCAACCAAGAUAACCGCAAAAAGGUGUGAACACAACUUUAAAUCUUUUAAGUCAGCUGUAAUUUCGACUUGCUUUGAAUUGCUUGCUCCAAAUUUAACGCGCAUACAUAUUUAAAACCAGAAUAAUGACAAAGUCUUCCACGAUUUGCACGUCAGCAGCGCGUUCUGAAAAUCAAAAAUUCAACCGGAGACACACAACCGUUUACGAACAUAACCUGUCCAUAUCAAUUUCGAAUCGGAUCAGAAUUGACAGACCACCUCCCCCCACCCUCUCUGAAAGCAUAUCCGAUCCAUUUCUCCUCAGAUUGAAAAAAACACUCAGCAACCCGUUUUACGCUGGUAGAUUGUAAGAAACGUCAAAAUCAAAAAAAAAGGUGUGACAACAAACCCAUCAUUUGCUCCUCCCCUCACUAACUUUAAAACGAUUAUAUCAACUAAUGAAGAAGGAAAAAAGUGUGUUUAAAACAAAUCAAAACGAAAAAUAAUAAUAACCAUUAAAGCCAGAAGCAUGGCGGCAAGUCACGUCAACACGAAAGAGA